AUGGCUGCGAAGAAGAAGCAACACUUACGGCCGCUAAGCCAAGCAGCUUCCCUCUGCUCAUCUGGCCGGGUUUGGACGUGGGAGCCCGGGUUGGUGGGUGAUGUUGUCCGUGCUUGUCCUACGUACGGUAGACUGCUAGCCAGAGCUGUCAUCGGCGGACUCUCUCAGACUGACGGCCGCGACUACAGCCUGGUGACGGCGAGCGCGGCUUUCGGGGAAGGGACUUUCGGAAAAGGCAUCCUGAAGAAAGGGAUGUGUUAUGGGGACGACGCGUGCUUCAUCGCCCGACACAGGUCCGCCGAUGUCUGGUGUGUGGCAGAUGGAGUGGGCGGCUGGCGGGACUAUGGAGUGGACCCGUCUCAGUUCUCGGGGACGCUGAUGAAGACGUGUGAGCGGCUGGUGAAGGAGGGCCGCUUCGUCCCCAGUAACCCGGUGGGGGUCCUCACCAGCAGCUACUAUGAGCUGCUGCAGAACAAAGUGCCGCUGCUGGGCAGCAGCACGGCCUGCAUCGUGGUUCUGGACCGGCGGAGCCACCGUCUGCACACGGCUAACCUCGGGGACUCUGGGUUCCUGGUGGUGCGGGGGGGGGAGGUGGUGCAUCGCUCCGACGAGCAGCAGCACUACUUCAACACGCCCUUCCAGCUGUCCAUCGCCCCCCCGGGAGCCGAGGGGGCCGUGCUCAGCGACAGUCCGGAGGCGGCAGACAGCUCUUCGUUCGACGUGCAGCUCGGAGACAUCAUCCUCACGGCGAGCGACGGCCUCUUCGACAACAUGCCCGACUACAUGAUCCUGCAGGAGCUCAAGAAACUCAAGAACACGAACAUAGAGAGCGUUCAGCAGACGGCGCGCAGCAUCGCCGAGCAGGCCCACGUCCUGGCGUACGAUCCAAACUACAUGUCGCCUUUCGCUCAGUUCGCCUGCGACAACGGCCUCAACGUGAGAGGGGGGAAGCCUGAUGACAUCACAGUGCUGCUCUCUAUAGUGGCUGAAUACACCGACUAGAGUCUGCAGCUGAUGGACUGCUUUGAUUCCUGCUGGCCAGGAUGAAGGACAGAUUCUUCCCAGCAUGCACUGGCUCUCCAGCUGACCCCCCAAAAAAGACUCUUCUCCGGAGAGAGGCUGGAUAACAGAGGAGGGGGGGGGGGGGGCAGAGGACAGACACUGGGACCGGCUGCUGAGUGUAGUCCUUUUCCUGAGGAUCAACAGACGAGGAUAAACGGUGUCUGAUGGAGGUUUGUUGGGAGGAGGGGCAGACGGACGGUGCUCGACUGUUAAAGGUGCUCCAUGUCAGUAGAGAUCUGCACAGGAGACGGCAGCGUCAGGAAGGGAUGCACCGAUUGGGAAAUUCUGCGCUAAAUCAAUGUUUUUGUGCCAGGGAAACAACAACACCUUAGUCAUGAAACAGCCCUUCAUAAUCUUUGACUGCCAACAACAUAAACUUUAAACCAACAGUCUUCAUCUACUGGAAAGAUAUUAUUUCCCUCCUCAUUUUUGGAUAACAAAUGCUUUUAAAGCCAUUUUAUCUGGUAAAAACUAACUAUAAAUGUAACAAACAUAAUCUUACCCUCUCUGCUGCAUAGCACUGGAUAACAGAGGACAUGGUAUCUCUAAUAUUCACGUUGCAUUUCACGAAAGAAACACAUCUUACAAACUGCAUGUCUCAAGACGGUGUAAUUCACGCUCACAGCCGUCAUGUUCUCCCAUUUUUAUUUGUCAAAAAGACGUGUACCUAGUAGGGCUGUGCGAUUAUGGCAAAAAUCAUAAUCACGAUUAUUUUGGUCAAUAAUUGAUUUUAAAAUUAUAAAAACAUGAUUAUCCAUUUACUUCCACUUACAUACAUUUAUUGAAAAAUAUAUAUAUGAACAGUUUUUAACAGUUGAUUACCCUGAACUUUAAGUAUAAUUCAACUGAAGAACCAAUAAAAAAAAAGAAUUUGAAAAAGAAAUAAGUACAUUAUUUAUUUAAUUUUUAUAAAAAUAAUAAUUGUUUUAUUUCGAUUACGUUGUUUUUGUAAUCGUUGCAAGCCAAAAUCGAGAUUAAAAUACGAUUAAUUGCACAGCCUUAGUAACUAGAAUAAAAACAUAAUUUUUACAGGACAAAAUUAAUGCAACACAACAGAUAAACCGAUUCGGUUCGCAACCGAGUGUGAAGCGGCUGGGAUGAGGAUCAGCACCUCCAAAUCUGAGGCCAUGGUUCUCAGCAGGAAACCGAUGGACUGUCCACUCCAAGUAGGGAAUGAGUCCUUACCCCAAGUAAAGGAGUUCAAGUAUCUCGGGGUCUUGUUCUCGAGUGAGGGAACAAUGGAGCGUAAG